UUUUGCACCAGUGUGGGGUGAUACAAAUGUGUAUGGAGCGGGAUUCUUACCUGAAUUAGUUGGUAAGCUCACUUCAACGUGUAACACACGCAAAAUGACAUCAAAACGCAAAAUGUCUGAUAAUGAUAUCAGCAAGCUUACAUUUGUGAAAGAAAUGUGGUUGCUAGUUGAGAAUGUGAACGGUGGUGGUGAUGUGCCGAGGUUUGAGGUUUUGUGUGUGGACCCGAAGCUGGCGGCUGAGGAUGGCAUUGACAUCAUGCCAGACAAUUGGAUUUACGUCCAGCCCGAUGGCGAAGGUGAACCCAGAUUGGUCUUCGUACGGGACGCGUCGCGCAGCAGAACAUUGAUGGAAGAUACCAGGGACACUUUAGAAAAUACAAAAUCAAAAUGGACCAAAAAAAAGCCAAAGGGUAAUGAAAAUAUGUCGAUAUGUAAAACGAGUAGGGAAUCAGUAGCUAAGGCCAAUAAGGAAAAGAAUGACAACUCUAAAAAGAAAGGAGUGAAAAAUAGUCGAAAGAGUAGCGUGAGUGAAGUGGUUGAGCCAAAAAGAAGGAGAAGCGAAAGACUGAAACAGUUCGAUGGAGCAGUCCCAUCGUGCAGCGGCAUAUCAAAUCGGGCCGCUUCCUCUCCUGUCAUUCCCUCCCCUGUCAUUCCCACUCCUGUAAUUCUCUCCCCUAUCAUUCCCACUCCUGUCAUUCCUUCCCCUAUCAAUCCCACUCCUGUCAUUCCUUCCCCUCAACCCAUUCGUCCCCUUUCUGCCUUCCAACCUGUUUAUCGUGGUUGUCGGCCUCCCUCUCCCGUCCUGCCUCUCCCGCCUACCAUUCCUCCCCUCUCGGCCAUCCCUCCAUACGUACCCGGUUCUCCUAGCACGUCCCCGAUUCCUAGCACUCCAUCAAUACUCAAUUCGCCCCCUGAGUAUAGUUCUCUGCCCCCUCCAACCCCUUCCCCAAUCAGCCCUCUCCCUCCAAGCCCCCCACGCCUUAUCAGCAUUCCACCCCGGUUGUACCCGACAGUCGGUCGAGGUCGAAGUCGAAUAAUGAUGUCGGAAGAUGAUUCCUCACAGCACAGCAAUGACAGCACAAGUACUUCAGAUGCUGACGUGCUGACGACACCAAGAAAUCGCCGAUUAAUGGCCAUAGCGGUAGGAAGAUUUUUAACUCAAGUGAGGAGACAGCAAUACAGACGUCGCCUUCGGCGCGCCAGGCGAGUGGAACCAUUUUGCAUGGAACCCAUCGUAUAUUUCCCAACGUCACAACCAGGGCCCAGUCGCGGUACCUCAAGACACUAUGAAAGAACGACUCGAAGAAGUCAAACACCUUUUGAGCGGCCCUCCCGAGUGCAAAGAGAGGACGAUGACGACGAUGACGAUGACGAUGAAGACAGAGGACGCAAAAGAAGAGAAAAACAGAGAAAAAAGAGAGGACAGAGAGAGAGUAACAGAGAUGCAGAACAUAACGGAGGUGCAGGACAUAGCAGAGAUGGUGAAUUUAACGGAGAUGCAGAACAUGAUGGAGACGCAGAACAUAAUAGAAAUGCAGAACAUAAUAGAGAUGCAGAACAUAAUGAAGAAACAAACCAUAACGAAGAAGCAGAAGACGCUGAACAAUGUGAAGAAGAAGAACAGUGCGAGGAAGAAGCACAGUGCGAAGUAGGAGCACAGAGCGGAGAAGAAGAACAGUGCGAUGAAGAAGAACAGAGCGUAGAAGAACAGAGCGAAGGAGAACAGAGCGGAGAAGAACAGAGCGGAGAAGAACAGAGCGGAGAAGAACAGAGCGAAGGAGAACAGAGCGGAGAAGUAGAACAGAGUGGAGAAGAACAGAGCGGAGAAGAAGAACAGAGCGAAGAAGUAGAAGAAGAUGAUGAUGAUGGGAGCAACGAUAGUUACGUAGAAGGUGCGACCGCAUUUUUACAAUUGGGAUCAGCCCUCAAACACAUGGUCUCCCAGCUCAACAAGCUUACUAGUAGUAUGCGAAUUAUACCUGCAAACGAGAUCCCAAAUCGAAACGGUUCCCGAAAUCGGAAUCGUUCCCGAAAUCGGAGUCGUUUCCGAAAUCGAAACGAGCCAGUCGAUCUUCCAGAGGACGUCUCGUCUGGAGCGGAAUCGGAUCAUUAUCCGAUGAAUUAUGAAUCUCCUGAGAAUCAGUCUGAAAAUGAUGAGAACUCGCCGCCUGAUCCAGAGCCUCCAGUAGUUGCAGUAGAUAGGGAGCUACCUCUAGUAGAUGUAGAGAUACCUCCAGCAAAUGCGCAGGUUCCUCCAGUAAAUGCGGAGAUACCUCCAGCAAAUGCGCAGGUUCCUCCAGUAAAUGCAGAGAUACCUCCAGCAAAUGCGCAGGUUCCUCCAGUAAAUGCAGAGAUACCUCCAGCAAAUGCUGAGGUACCUCCAGCAGAUGCGGAGCUGCCUCCACCAGAACAACCGAGAAGGAUAUCUCCCCCAGUCAUAGCUGUUCCGGCACCAUCGGUACAAAGGAUUCCCACUCCUCAACAGGCUGUGGUAGGGGUAGUCGAAAGGGUCGAAAGAGAUGACCAAGGUGACGAAGAUGAUCUGCAACGAUUAAUCAACGAAAAUAUGCCUGGGCCGUCCAGGAUAGUGUCAGUGCGAAGAGUUUCAGCUCAUACAACAUCAAGGAGAGGAGAGAGAGGAGAGAUGGUUCCCAUCGGUAAUGGCCGGGCCCUGGUGCCAGCUAGACUUCUGGAAAAGAUCGACUGGACUUGUUAUACGACGGCCACCAGGCAACUAUUGCAAUCAGUGUUUCCACGGAAGGUGUUGGCGACUCACUCGCUAACAGGAAAGCCGUCCCCGGCCUUCCUGGAUAAGCCUGGUAAGAAGAAGCUGGACCCUGAACUGGUUGAAGACAUCGUGAUUAUAGUAAUGCAGCGGUGUCGAGUGAACGAACGGAUGGUAAGGCAAAUCAUAACACUCAAGUGCACAGACGAAGCGAAGUUGUACAAAAACCGUCAGCGAGGCAAGCGGGGACGGGCUUCGGGCGCCGACCAGGAGAACGUGCCCCCAAACCAGAACUCCGACCAGACUACCACUGAGUCAUCCAGUACGUAGUUUACUGUGAAGGGUGUAUUCCUAUAACUCCAUAGAAAUACCAAAUGUAAUUGCUACUAUAGUCUGGUCUCUGAGCACGUAGAAUUUUGUCCAAUGACCCCAAGCUACCCAUCCUUAUCGCUCGCGC